AUGUCUCGCGUUUUGUACGGUCCACGUGUCCGGAAUGACGGCAUCACCCAGCUCGAAUUUCUCGCAGCAAAUGCGGUGAUGUAUUCAGUACCGCGUCAUGCGACGCUUGUUCCUGACUUGAGGGAUUCAGGCGGCUGCCAACCCCCCAACACAAACGCCGCUGGCACCAAUCAAGCAAUUAACGCGCCAUUGCAUCAACCGUUGCGCUCGUGUGGUACAGUGGGUGGGAUCGAUAGUCCGGUACACGACAUCCCAGUCAUCUCGAUUAGUACGUGCCACCUAACGGACGAACCAAUUCCUUCCAAUCCUAGUGCAUUGUGGGCCUGCCGAUUGCGGUUAGAGGAAGACGGUCAAGUAAGAAGGCGACUGACCCAGGAUCACACCUAUUUUGGGCACGAGUUGAGAGGAACGAAAGGUGCUACCAUACACAACGGGAGAGGCCAUGUCGUCACAUGGAGCGAAUCUUCUCACCAUGAGCUCUUGAGUCAUCUCAUACCUGCCGCAUAUGCACAGGAGAUCUCUCGCCUGAUCAAUAAUAAGGACAAAAAAGUUGUUCGACAUGAUACUUUAGAGAAUUAUACAAAUAUAUUUCAAAUAUAUGCUAUAGCUAUCACCAAUAUGGGCACGAGCUUAUGGCUCCGGUUUGAGGUCCUCAGCCGGGUCUCGUUCAAGAUUGUGCUGAUUCUUACAGAGCUCUCAACGAUUAACAUCUAUCGGGACAUUGGUUCUUCUUCCUCCAGAAAUACAGAGCUCGUAGAAGGGCGUCUCGUCUUCCCGCCGAGAGCUGCGAUAAUCCAGGCUUCUCCGCUGAAGUUUGGUUCCAUGUCAAGCGCAGACCAGAACCAUGUUGGCAUCGACAAUUUUCUCAACACGAAGAAAAUUAUUAACGACGGAUUGUGCUUGCAAAGCCUCCAUCAACCCUCGGAUAUUACUUUCCCCUUAAACCAUCCCAAUUGUCUACGUUGGAAAGUAGCCUAUCGCAGUGGACUUCUAUAUGAUUGCUCGUCUUUUGGCAAACUCCACAGAUUGUUUCUUGACGGAACAUUGCAGAAAAACAGCUUGCAUGAUACGUCCGCAGUCAUAUUGUCGCUGGUAAAGAACGCUACGCUACCACACAAGUAUGCUAUUCUCUUUGACCAACGAGCAUAUCAUCAACUGAUGCCCCACAAACUUAAAGGCAGUCGGGAGGACAUCGCAACGAUCGCCGACCACUUGAACUUGCCGAAAUGUUCUUGA